GCGCCAUGGUGGCUCAGUUCAUGGUGGCUCAGUCUGUUGCUGCUGUUGUUGUUGCCCUAUCUUGGCUGUGAUCCGGGGCAGAACUGGGGGAAACACCGUAAGCUGGGUUCAUGGUUGGCGUAGCCAGGAAACACAUCCGAGCCAAUAAGGGAACCAGCUGGCAUUUCAGUAGGACUAUGGAAGAGCUUGUCCAUGACCUUGUGUCAGCACUGGAAGAAAGCUCUGAGCAGGCCAGAGGAUGUUUUGUUGAUACUGGCGAUCACUCCAGAAGCAUCUCUUGUCUUCUUAAAAGGCAAGCACGAAAACGCAGAGGAAGAAAAAGGCGGUCCGAUAAUACACACCACCCAUGGGAACCAGGGCACUGCUUAAGUGAUGGCUCAGACUCCAGUCUAGAAGAACAAAACAAGGAUUACCGUGAAUGUUUAAGUAACAAUAAAAAAGACAGUGAUUCUGAUGACCAGUUGCUACUUGCAAAAAGAAGGCCAUCGUCAAACCUAAAUAUACGCAACAAAAGGCCAUUGUGGCAUGAAUCUGAUUUGGUAGUAGAUACUUUAGGAAGCAGGUCCCUCAGAAGAAGGCGGAAAGUGAAGCGGAUGGCAAUUGAUCCACCAUCAGAAGUCAGUAGUACGCUGACACUCUCACAGAAUCGAGACCAAGUCAUGGACAGUGAUGGCAAACUUUACCCACACCUAGAAGUUAGUAAAGGCAAAAUUAAAAAAAGAAAAAUAUCCACACCAAGGCAUGGUCUUGAAAUCGCCGACGAGGGUGUCGUAGUUGAAGGGGAAGAGAUAAGUCAUGUCAACAAGGAUAAAAUGGAAUAUGAAGAGCAGAAGGGUUCAGAUGAAAAUAUGAGCGACAGUGAAUCAAGCAGUAUAAGUAGCAGCGACGCGGGUUUGUUUACCAAUGACGAAGGGCGCCAAGGUGACGAUGAACAGAGUGAUUGGUUCUAUGAAAGUGAAUCUGGGGGAGCUUGUGGCAUUACAGGUGUCAUACCGUGGUGGGAUCAGGAAGAGUCUGCUGAGCUAGAAAGAGAACUUCCUGACCCGGUCUUCGAGAGCAUUCUUACUGGCUCAUUCCCUCUCAUGUCACAUAUGGCGCAAAGAGGUUUUCAGGCUAGAUUGAAUCAUCUCUAUGCAAUGCAAGGGAGAAACAUUAGAAAACCUGCAGCAAACCCAAAUCUGAUUAGCAAUCCGAGUUCUAGCACCACGGAGAGACUCACACACUUCACUCAAGAUCCCCAUCAUCAUGAGCAUUGGUUUACUCCAGGGACGCGAAAGGACCAUAAUCCGCUGUUAAGAGAAACCCGUUCAGACAGGGGACAUAAGAAGAACUGCUCAGUAAAAACUGCUAGCAGACAAACGAGUGUCCAUUUAGGAUCCUUGUUUAUGGGGGACAUCAAACGAAGACGGAAAGCCGCUCCGCUCCCCGGACCCACCACCUCUGGCUUUAUUGGUGAGAUUGCUCCACCAAUUCCCGAGAACAACAUCGGAAAUCGAAUGCUUCAAACUAUGGGUUGGACUCCUGGGACCGGACUGGGACCUGAUGGCAAAGGAAUCUCUGAGCCUAUCCGGGCACUUCAGAGGCCAAAAGGACUCGGACUUGGAUUUAGCUGAUUUUAAUGCAUCAUGUCAAAAUCUCCAAACCUCUUUGAAAUCAAAAUAUGUGUCUCUUUAUAAUACUUUCUUUAAAUAUUCAUUCUGAAAAGUGUUUUUAUUUUAUUCUUUUAAUGCUACUCAAAAAAGAAAAAAAGAAUUCUGACAACCCAAUUAGUCAACACCAGCUUUAACCUUAAAUGAUAUUCUUGUUGGCAAAACCGCUGUGUAUAUUUAAGAUGCCUUGGUGCUAAAUGUAAACAUAAUGUAAUACUGCCCCCAUAUACUUCUGUGAACACAGCAAUUAUAAGAUUGUAACAUAACCUCCUUGAUGUUCCUUUGUACUUACGAAAGAUUCUCCCAGUCUAAGGCAGACAUAUACAUUCCUACACAGCACAAAGUCAGAUCUAGAAUUAGUACAUAACUAACGUACAGAAGGGGAGAUAGAUUAUUAUUCUUGUUUAGGUUGCUGGGUUAUGGCUUUUUUAAAAUACUAGUAUUAGAGUAAUAUUCUGAUGCAAGGAAUUUAAUUGUCAGGUUUCCAGUCCUUUCCUUUCUGUCUAAUGUAAUGUUUUUUUUUUUUCAUCCAUUUUGCUUAUAAACAAAAAAAAAAAAAAGGAAAAAGAAAAAAAAAUUAUGUGACACAGUAUUUUAAAAUUGCGAUUACGAUAAGUGUUGUUAAAUUAGAUUGUUUUAGGUCUUAUCCAAAGAGCAAUCUGACCUCUUCUACUGGAUCAUCAAACAUUUUUAAUUCAAUUCUUUUGUGAAGGAGGUUUAGUUUUGUGCUUUUGCUUUUAAUUCUUCAGUUUGGCGAUUUUAAACAAAUUGAUGAUUAGGACAUGUUGUUAAUUUCGACUGCAGAGCUUUGUAACUUGUUAACUUGCAACAGCUUUGAGCGAAGCUGGGUUUUUUUUGUUAGUUUUUGUUUGUGUUUUUUUUAAACCCUAUUUCUCACCGGUUCUUGAAGUGAAACAGUCGCACAUUAUUACAACACAAGAUGAUUUAUUUUUCCAUUGCACUUGCAGAAUUACACAAAAAAAAUCAUAUGUAGGCCAGGGAUAUAAACAGCUUCAAAUUUACUAGCAUGACACCGUUAAGACAGCCUCGAUAUAGCCUGAAAUUGGAGUGCUGGUCUUUAACACUUUUAUUGACUCAACAGUGAGUUUUGAUAAGUUGACAGCUGAAUUGCAGUUUGUUUAGAUGCAUUAGAUGCAUGGUAAAGAAAUGUCGAACUGAAAGAGACUCAGAACUCCUGUUUUCCACUCACAAUGCAAUGUUUAUCUAAUAAAUACCUAUGUUCCCCCCUACAACAUCAUUAUGCUCUACAUGCCUAAAUUGUCAGACACUGAGUGGCUUAACAGUUUUCUAUAGUUUAGUAUCAUUUGGAAUUUUAACAUAGCUUUUCCCCAAAAAAACAAUACAUUUUCUAUUAUUUUUUAUAUAAUAUAUAUUCUUCCAUAUACCUAAAUAACAGUAUUUUCUGUGCAUGAACAGUGGACAUUGCAAGCCAUUUUAAAUUGCCUCUGGUUUCUGCAGAUUAUAUAGGAACCACGACAUCCAAUAGAAAGCAUGAUUCUUAAAAUGUCACUCACCUGUCUACCAAUGUAUAUAGUAUUCCAUGGCAUUGUCUAUAGUAUUCCAUUAAUUUAUCAGAUAUGUUUAAUUUUAUAUGAUUGGCAAUGCCACAGUUUUGUUCUUUAGACAUUAUAACAUAUUGGAGAAGGCUUGAUGCCAGAGCAUAUAUUAUUAUCUGAACUGUAUAACAUUUAAAGGAACGUGUAUUCCUAACGCUAUAUUGUCUCACUAUUUCAAUUAGAUGAACACCCCAACUUAAAUUUAAAAAAAGGAAAACAUGUUUUUACUUAACAUUUUUUUCCAGCAUCACUAUUUGCUCAGUGCUGCCGCCCUCUCUUCUUACAAUGGCAUCCUGUAGCCAUUACUUCCUGGCAUUUCAAAGCAUUGAGUUGAAAAGCAUAUGCAUGGCUAGUGCCGCAUGCGUCUACUCAAAUGCUUUCAAUGUCCCAUAACCUAGUUUAACUUGGCCAUGAGUGCAGUAGUACCCCAUUGUGGCUGUCAGGAAGACAGUCAAUAGAUGUUUGUAUAGCCCGGCAUUAAAAACACUGCUGUAUUCACUGUAUGGUCAAGUGAUUUGUGUGCCUAUAGUGUCUCUUUAAAAACUUUUCAUGUGCCACUCAACAGUAUGUAUUAUUUCCAUAUACAGCCGGGAAAUUAAUAAUAAUAAUGGGGUUUCCACUGUGAAAUGCCUUUAAACAUAGCUUUCCUUCCUUUAUCACAUGAAUUCUGCAUAACACAGGGAAGCAUUUUUCACGUGACACCAUUUGUGAUGCAACUUAUGAUCAUAAAAAAUGUGCACAGUCUGUGGGAUGGAAAACAAAUUAAUAGUAAUUUUUUUA